AUGGAGUCCACAGCGACCCCUCCCCCAGCUGGUAACUCCUCCCUCUCCUCCUCUGAUCUCUCGCUCUGCCCCUCCGCCGCCACGCUCCUCUUCCUCCCCUUCAUGUACACCCUCCUCUUCCUCACCGCCCUCCCGGGGAACGUUCUGUCUCUGUGGGUCUUCCUGCGCCGCAUCUCCUCCGUCUCCCCCAUCCACGUCUACCUGUCCCACCUGAGCAUCUCCAACCUGCUGCUGGCCCUGACCACGCCCUUCCUGGCGGCCUACUUCGCCCGGGGCACCGCCUGGGCGCUGAGCGGCACGCCGUGUCAGCUGGUGCUGCACGCCAUCAGCCCGGUGAUGCACAGCAACAUCUACAUCAGCAUCAUGAUCCUGACCUUGGUAGCCCUCGGCCGCUUCGCAGCCCUCAUCCAGCACACCCACGCCUCCCGGCAGAGCAGCUGCACCACCCUGCUGCCUCACGCCUUCUUCGCCCGUCUCACCAGGAAGUCCUUCGCCAGCAGGGUGUGCGUGGCGGUGUGGGUGGUGGCGCUAGGCUCCAUCGUACCGGUGACGCUCUACUACUCGCUGAAGGAAGCUGUGAGCAGCAGGACGGCGGCAGCAGCUGGAGGUGUGGAGGUGUGCUACAACCCAGCGGUGGAGAUCGGAGGCAGCUUGUCUCAGACCAUGGGCGUGCCCGUCAUCUGCCUGUUCUUCCUGCUCUACCUGAUGGUGCUGCUGUCCUACAUGACGGUGCUGAGACACAUCAGACGCUCACGCCAAAACACCAGCCUCACCACCUCCCAGGACCUGCUGGGCAGAGUGCUCCGAAACAUCCUGGUCAUACAGACUGUUCUUUCAGUGUGCCUGCUGCCCUACCACAUCUUCAAACCCAUCUUCAUCUCUCUGGCCAUCAACCAACCACAGCUGACGUAUUCACCGAGCCCCGACGUCUGCAGCAGCUGCCAUCCUCUCUCCACCAUGGUGGAGCUGAAGAACGUCCUGCUGCUGCUGGCUGCCCUGAGAGGCUCCACUGACCCUCUCAUGUACUUCCUGUUAGACAAAACUUUCCGUCAUCAAACCCUCAAACUCUUCAGGUGCAAUCAGAGCAAACCUGGCAGCAGCUCAGUUUCAGGAAGUGCCAAUCAGAAGGCUGGACAGCUGGUGGACGGAAACAUGGCGACUGCUAAUAUGGAUUCAACUCAAGUGUAAUGUUACUUUUAAACAGGCUUUAUCAUUGGAAUUUGAACUUUGCGACAGUCAUUGAAUGGAUCAUUCUUUUAAUGAGAAUUUCCAUUAGAAAAAGUGACCAAAAUGAAGCUUAAAAUUGUGAUAUUUCUGUCAGAAUUACUUUGUUGUACAUGUGUCAUUUAAAAUAAAGGGUUAGCACAAACCAGAUCCUGUUAAAAACAUUGAAUCUGCUCUUCAGCCAU